AACGGCUCGGGUCAGGAAAAACCCCACCAAACGCCAACGGCAAUCGCCACUGUUUAAAAUUACAAUUAAAUACCUACAUACAAAACAUUCUCCAAAAAAUAAUAAUAAUAAUUAGAGACUUGCACUUGCAGCACACCCAGGCGCCGGGCGUGCCGCAAAAAUGGCAAACCUGUCGGAAAAGGACCUUAUCUUCUCGGAGCAGGCCAACCACAACUUCUCGCGCAUCCUCGGGGCCCUCAAGCGCUCCAACCUGAGCAUCGAGAACCGCCUGCGGUCCAUCCGCGACGAUGCCGACUUUGUGGCCUCUGUCCAUGCCGCAUAUGCGACAGGGCCAAAUAGUAGGCGGCCUCUCGUCGCCAACGAGCGGUGCGGCUCCUGGUAUGUUCCGCCCGGGUCCAAGGGUGGUUCAGCCUACUUCAAGAGCACCGACGGGCACCAGGGCCAGUGGAGGUUUAGCACGAGGCGGCUGAACCUGCACCUACUACCUUUGAUCGGCGAGCAUGAUGGAUGCAUCAUUGUGGACUCGACCCGGAGGGGCAAGCGGAUCCCUGACGCCCUCAGCAAAACCAUCCCGAUAUGGUGCUGCGUCGUGAACCGGGUCCUGUUCCCAAACCUCCCAGCGCACGCCCACGACGUCUUCGUCCCGCCGUACGCAGUCUCCGACUCUGAGUGCGCCCAGAUGCUGUCGAGGAUCCCAGAGCACGUGGCCUCGUUCCAACGGCUGGACCCGGACCUCGCCUCGCUCAGGAGCCAGAUUCGCAAGCCGCUGCGGCCCAUGUGGGUGAUCCAGCCCGAGUCUGGCGCCGCCACGGCCGAGCUGCCAGGCUUCGAUAACGACGACAGCAACGACGGGCAGGCGACGCCCGCGACCGUCAUCUUCGAGGACUUCCAUCCUGUCAUCUGCUGCACGAGCUCGCGGCGCGUCGUCGGCACCGAGAUGAGCGAGUCGGGUUACAUCCAGGGCGCCGGCGACGACACGGAGAACUGGGCCCACGGGCUCACCCCGCCCGUGUUCUGGGCGCACGCGGACCGGCUGCUCUCAACACCCGAGGCGGACCUCCCGGACCUGAUCCGGUCGCUCGUGGCGGAGAGUGCCGCAGGGUCCGCGCAGGCUGGGACAGCGGCCGCGCAGGAGCUUACCAGCUUCCUCGCCGUGGCUGCGCUGCCGUUACCCUCCACCACGACCGAGCAGGCAGGUCCCGCAUCGCCGACGGCCGUAGUUCAGCUUUCACCUGUCGUCACCAAGCCCGAGACGUGGCACAAGUCGCCAACGCUGAUCGAUGUCGGGAUUGGGAAGGGAAAACUGGCGUCGCGGAACCUGCGACAGGCCCUACCCGCCAUAUGCUCGUUUGUACGAGAAGCCGCGCUCAAGCAGCAGCAGCAAAAGAAGACGGCUGAAGGGACCAAGAUCCUCGUCGCCUGCGAAAGCGGCAAGGAUGUAUCGGUUGGUGUUGCCCUGGCGCUCGCAUGCCGUUGCCUUGACGAGGACGGCAACGUGCUUCCUGCGGAUCAGGCGCAGGUGGAGAGACGGCCGGUUACAAAGGAUUUCAUCAGGGUCAGGCUGGGUCGGAUAAUGACGGCGAUGCCAGAGGCGAAUCCAAGCCGAGCUACUUUGCAGAGUGUAAAUAGCUUCCUGAUGGACUGGCGAGGUUGAAAAGAGCCAAGAGAUUUACAAAUUGAAACUACCAUCAGCGCUGUUACAGUAUAUGUCAUAGUGUCCGCUUCUCAGUCCAACGCCCCGGCUCUACAGUGGCAUCACCCGCGCAUGCUUCCAUUAAACCUGUCAAUUUUCUUCCAAUGUGAUGUUCACGG